CUUCCCAGCUGCUGUGACACCUCUCCCCGCCCCCAGCCCACUGCUUGGCUGGAGGCUCUAGGAGGACAGCUGGGCAGAAGGGGAGACAUGACUGUGCCAUGGGGCUCAGCGACGGAGAAUGGCAGCUGGUACUGAACGUCUGGGGGAAGGUGGAGGCUGAUCUCGCAGGCCAUGGGCAGGACAUCCUCAUCAGGCUCUUUAAGGGUCAUCCCGAGACCCUGGAGAAAUUUGACAAGUUCAAGCACCUGAAGACAGAGGCUGACAUGAAGGCCUCAGAGGAUCUGAAGAAGCAUGGCAACACCGUGCUCACCGCCCUGGGGGCCAUCCUCAAGAAGAAGGGGCAUCAUGAGGCGGAGCUGAAGCCCCUGGCCCAGUCGCAUGCCACCAAGCACAAGAUUCCCAUCAAGUACCUGGAGUUCAUCUCGGAAGCCAUCAUCCAUGUUCUGCACAGCAGGCAUCCUGCGGAGUUCGGUGCCGAUGCCCAGGGAGCCAUGAACAAGGCCCUGGAACUGUUCCGGAAGGACAUCGCCGCCAAGUACAAGGAGCUGGGCUUCCAUGGCUAAGCCUCACCCCCCA